UUUUGCCUGCAGACAGUUCUUUAUCUGUGGGCCCUCCCACCUCUGUCUUCCAACAUCUUCUUUAUGGGUGCAACAACACGGCCAUUCGAAAGAGAACAGAAGGAUCGGUGGCCCUUCUCAUUUCCUCCUUUACCAGAAACCAACAUCAGAAGAUGUCUGACGCUCUUUGUAUUGUGGGCUCCUUGUUUGGAUCUGCAGAAGGACAGCAAGAAUGUAGUUCCUGUUACAUAAUAAAUAUGGGGUCUGUAAUGGCCAUUAUUGCCUCUGAUAUUAUCUUGACCAUCUUCAUCACCAUUUCUGUGUUCUGCUUUGCCACUCACCACAAGAGAAGGGGGGAAUGGGAUUCUCAUGAUGGUAAAAGAAAUCUGCCAUCAUCAAUAUCAAAGAAAAUGACAACAGAGGUCACAGAAUCUCCCUACCAGGAGUUACAUGGAGUCCAAUCAGAUGUGUACAGUGAGCUUCGGCACUUUAGGAAAUGAAACAAAGGAACUAUAAAAACUCCAAUAAUGUCCUACCUGUAAUUUUGUUCUCAAGCUAUAACUGAAUAGUACACCACACUCUUCUACACACAUAUUGCUUUGCCACUUAUACUCCUGUAGCAUUAUAGGUAAUAACAAAGAGUUAAUACGUGUCUUUUGCAUGUAACUGAUUUAUGUUUUAUUCACUAAGUUGUGCUGAAUGUGAAUGUUCGUUGUAUCAUUCUUGUUUUUUGUAAAUCUUAAGAUGUCUUAAAAUAUGUAUUUGCAUUUAACUAAUUAUAAAUUAAACUACAU